UCUGGCCUUGACGUCCAGCGCGGUGCUGCUAGUAACUGCUGUGGGCUGUCACAGCAAACCAGGGGUUAACGUUGUCUAGAUAGUGUUUUAUAUCUACCAGUUUUAUCUAUUAAUUUAUCUCUGUUGUAGCACAGCAGAGUCGCCAUGCUGAAAUCUAAAACUGUAUGGAAAAAGCUUGCUCCUCUUGCAAGAGCGUCAUCUACUGUGUGUCGGCAUAAUGUGAGAAGAGCAGCAUUUAACAAUGGCAGAAGACAAGCACUUGUCCCGACAGCCCAUAUGUCCACAGGACCUGCUGGAGGUGGUGGGGAAAACCAGCUGUACAUCCUUCUGGUUGGAGCAGCCUGCCUUGGCGGGGGGGUUUAUGCAUACCGAACGAUCAAGGGAGACCAACAAAGAUAUCAGGAUCGUCUCUCAGAAAUCGCAUCCAGACCAUUCAAAGAAACCACAGACAUCCUGCCAAAGGCUACAGAGGUCCAUGACCAGGGCUCAGAACCAGAAGCAACCGAGAAGGAAACGGCGCCGUCAGAGGAAGAGAUGAGUCCUGCAGCCCCCGCCAUUGAGAAACUGGCCCCCAGUGAAACAACAGAAGUCUCACCAGCAGCUGAACCUGUGGUUGAAGCAAUUCCUGAAGAGCCAGCAGAACAACCUGCUGCGCUUGUAGUUGAGGAGCCAGUGCCUCCACCUGAAACUUCUCCAUCUGAGAGUGCAGAACAACCUCCUGAACCUAGUGUUGAGAGUGUGCAGAGUGAAUCUUCAGCAGCAUCAGCAGAAAGCCCUGCAACAGAACCAGCAGUGCCUCCGCCUGUGGUGGUGACAGAGAGUGCAGUGGAUCCUGCAUCAAGCCCUCCCAAGAUCCCCAGUCAUGCCCCUUACCUCCUCAUUGGUGGAGGCACAGCCUCCUUUGCUGCUGCCCGGUCUAUUCGGGCCAGAGACCCUGGCGCCAGGGUAUUGAUUGUGACAGAUGAGCCAGACCUUCCAUACAUGAGACCACCUCUGUCUAAAGAGUUAUGGUUCUCUGAUGACCCCAGCGUGACAGACACUCUGCGUUUCAAACAGUGGAAUGGAAAAGAGAGGAGUAUCUACUUCCAGCCCCCCUCAUUCUACAUCAGCCCUGAAGAUUUUGAUAGUGCGGAAAAUGGAGGAGUGGCUGUGCUCACUGGAAAAAAGGUUGUGCACAUGGACGUGAGAGGGAACAAAGUACAACUAAAUGACAGCACUGAGAUUUCUUAUGAUAAGUGCUUGAUUGCCACAGGCGGAGUGCCAAGGAAUCUGCAGGUAAUAGAAAGAGCAGGAGAGGAAGUGAUGAAGAAGACUACUUUAUUCAGGAAGAUUGAUGAUUUCAAAGCAUUGGACAAGGUCUCCAGAAAUAUCCAAUCCAUUACCAUCGUUGGAGGUGGCUUCUUGGGCAGUGAGCUAGCGUGUGCUCUUGGCAGGAGAUCCAACGAUUCUGAGCUUGAAGUGAUACAGAUGUUUCCUGAGAAGGGCAACAUGGGAAAGGUGCUACCUGAGUACUUGAGCAAUUGGACGACAGAGAAAGUCAAAAAAGAGGGUGUCAAAGUCAUUGCAGAGGCUCUAGUAAAAACUGUGACUUACAAGGAUGACAAGGUAGAAAUCAUCCUGAAAGAUGGCCGUGUGGUGAAAACGGAUCAUAUUGUUGCUGCUGUGGGUCUGGAGCCCAAUGUUGACCUUGCGAAGUCAGCCGGUCUUGAGGUGGAUGCUGACUUUGGCGGCUAUCGUGUCAAUGCAGAGUUGCAGGCCAGGUCCAAUAUUUGGGUGGCAGGAGAUGCUGCAUGCUUCUAUGAUAUCAGACUGGGCCGCAGGCGGGUAGAGCAUCAUGACCAUGCUGUUGUGAGUGGUAGACUGGCAGGAGAGAACAUGACGGGGGCCAGCAAACCCUACUGGCAUCAGUCCAUGUUCUGGAGUGACCUAGGUCCAGAUGUGGGCUACGAAGCUAUUGGGAUUGUUGACAGUAGCCUCCCAACAGUUGGAGUAUUUGCCAAAGCUACUGCCAAGGAUACACCUAAAGCUGCCACAGAACAGUCAGGAACUGGAAUACGAUCAGAAAGUGAGACUGAGGAAGUGGCCACAGUCCCAGUGGCCUCUUUAACACCUGCCCCCUCUCCACUGGAGAAGGAUGACUACGGCAAAGGAGUGAUCUUCUACCUGAGAGACAAAGUGGUGGUGGGCAUUAUCCUAUGGAAUGUGUUCAACAGAAUGCCUAUCGCAAGAAAGAUCAUCAAGGAUGGUGAGGAACAUGCAGAUCUCAAUGAAGUGGCCAAGCUGUUCAAUAUCCAUGAGGACUAGUUCCAUUCACACUAAGACUGAGUGCGUAAGUGAUGGUGUGUGAGUGGACCAUCACCACAAAUGACGGCUUUGAACUUUGACAGUCAUCGCCAGACUUUGGAGGACCCAACUGAUAAUGUACGCAUAAAGAGAGGCUUUUCAUAUUUUUGUUGUAUGUCACAUUGCUGGGUUACUUUCCAGUAUAUGGAAUUUGAAAUGGCUGUUCCUCUUUUUCUAUUUUUUCCCCAGGAGAAAUUAAAUCAAUCUGUCUUUAAAUUGCCUCUUCCGUGGCCAUAUUUACUCAUGUUGCAUAUUGUGAUCAAGGUGUAACUGCACCCCCUCUCCCGCCGAGUACCGCCAGCCUGACAAUUUUGAGCAUGAGUUUAUGUUUUUCUGUGUGAUCAGAGCAGCUUGUAAUAAGUAAAGCUGCAAUAAAAUAUUUUAAAUUGAA